GCAUCGUUUAAAUCAGAUCCGGAAGUAAGCCGAGUAGCCAGAAGGUGGCUAACUAUUACGUCCUUACAGUAUAUAUAUACAUUACCAACUGAAUGAAGAUACUCUGAGUUGUUUAUUCUUUUAUGCAGGUGCCCUUGGAAUAAACAUCUGUCCGAAAAGGAAUCAGUCUGAUGAGGGGGCUCCUCCAGCUGUCAGGAUGCAGCAGAAAAGGAACAUCCAGAUCAUCGAGUGGGAGGACCUCGACAAGAGGAAGUUCUACUCCUUCGGGGUGUUCAUGACGAUGACCAUCCGGGCCACCGUCUACCCGGCCACGCUCAUCCGCACCCGGCUGCAGGUGCAGAGGGGCACAUCCCUCUACGGCGGCACCUUCGACGCCUUCUUCAAGAUCCUGCGGGCGGAGGGCGUCCGAGGCCUUUACCGCGGCUUCAUGGUCAACACCUUCACGCUCAUCUCAGGCCAGGCUUACAUAACCACCUACGAGCUGGUGAGGAAGUACGUCUCCCAGUACUCUGAGGACAAUACGGUCAAGUCACUGGUGGCGGGCGGCUCGGCCUCCCUGGUCGCUCAGAGCAUCACGGUUCCCAUAGAUGUCGUCUCUCAGCAGCUGAUGAUGCAGGGCCAAGGGGAGCACCUCACACGCUUCCGACUCAAUUCCAACACGGAGGCGGGGAAGUCCAAAAAAGUGUUCGGCCAAACCAGGAACAUUAUGGCUCAGAUUUUUGCUGCUGAUGGUUUCCGGGGCUUCUACAGGGGAUACGUGGCUUCUCUACUCACUUAUAUCCCAAACAGUGCUGUCUGGUGGCCUUUCUACCAUUUCUAUGCGGAACAACUCUCUAAGCUGGCUCCCAUUGACUGCCCUCAUCUGCUUCUACAAGCCAUGGCUGGACCUCUAGCAGCUGCUACUGCCUCAACUGUCACCAACCCAAUGGAUGUGGUCCGAGCCAGAGUGCAGGUUGAAGGCAGGUCUUCGGUGGUGGAGACGUUCAGGCAGCUGAUCAGAGAGGAGGGCUGCUGGGGUUUGACCAAAGGACUGUCGGCGCGCAUCAUCUCCUCCACGCCCACCGCCAUCGUCAUGGUGGUCGGCUACGAGACGCUGAAGAAACUGAGUCUGCGUCCGGAGCUGGUGGACUCCAGGCACUGGUAGACGAGACCUGCACAGACGACGUACGACGACCAGGUUUUAGACUUCCUGUGAAAACACUGGAUGAAAGAAAUGUUUAUUUAAAAUACCAACAUAAAGGUGCAAAAUGGAAUCAGACCACUGAAACUGACGUUGAACUUAGCUGCAGACCCAGGUUCAGAUUUUAUACUUCUGCUUAACAGGGUCAAAGCUUUUUAAUGCCAUCAAAGGUCGGUAAUAAGAUGUUUUUACACCAGAAGACGCAGAUAAAUUGAUGCAAUGAUUCCUUUAACACUCUACAAUCACGUUAAAGAAUUGAUGGUAAGACAAGCACCGGUUUUAAUCAGUGGUUCAGAUAAAGGUUGUAUAACUUAUGAUGAUGCAUUCACGUCAGCAGUAAACAAACCUUUGUUUCUUCACAGUCGCUUAACUGGUUUCUAUGUCUUUAUCUUUUUCCUCUGGCCUUUGUUUUUUAAAUCGCUGCCUUUCUAGUGUGAUGAAGACAAACAAUCUGCUUUUUGGGUUUGUUGAAUGCGAGUGAGGAGAAAAGUAGGUGUUAGACUUUGUUUAUCAUGGCAGCCUCUGUGUUGUAGAUAUAUUUUAAUUGACCCUUUGCCAAGUCCCGCCCCUUGAACGCGAAUUGGCCAAUCAUAGCAUAGCAUGAACCGGCUCUGCUCCAUAGACCCUCAUUAAUAGUUUUCAGGCUGGUUUAGUAGAUUUGGAGCUCGUCACGUUUGUUACCCUGAGAGGUUGGAAGGAGAUGUACGUUUCUAAAAUGUUCGUUUCCACCAAAACAACAUGUGGAGCUAACAUUAGCAGAGUACGUUAGCACAUCUAUGCUACACUAGCUACUGAAGGUUAACUGAACAGUGAAUAAAGACCUGUCUGGCUUUACAGGAACAGUAUUGUUCCUUCAGUGUCUUCGGUCUGCAGCUGAUGUGUUGGUUCACUUUCACACUUUAAUCCGUAGCUUUAGCUUCUAUCUUUUUCUUUUUAACCUGUUUUCACUGAUGAAUCAGUUUGACAUCCUGGAUAUUUCCUUAAAAAACACAUAUUGUAGAUUCUUAUCUCUGCUUCUUUUCUUGGAUCAUGUGUGUUCAGGAAGUGAAGUUAGUGACAGUGUGGGCUCCAUGGUAACGGAGCUCUGACGUCUGACGGAGGGGGCGGGGCUUAGCGAAGGGUCAAUUUAUCGUUGUCUUGUAUGCUGAACACAGAACACUAUUUUAUCCUCCUUUUAUGGCGUCUCUCUGACAUCGUAGUAAAUCUUUCAGUGAUCAACUGGUGAAUAAAUUAUUUGGUCAUUUCCAGAAAAAAAAGAUUGACGGGCAGUAAAAAGAGCUAAAGCUGUUUCCAUCUUGUGACAGUAAACGUUUGAGUGCAAUAAUGUAAAUGUUUAAUCCUUUUCAGAACAUGUGAUUUGUGUAUUUCAUGUCGAUUGUGUAAAUAACAUGUCUUAAAGGAAUGCAUUAUACCUAAUUUAUUUUCUUCAUGUUUUGGGGGGAUUAUGACCACAAAAAAGUGUCCCAACUUCAAAACCUCACAUUAUGUUUAAGAUGAAUAAUGUUGAGUAUCGUGGCUCAUUCAGUUUGUUGCUUUUGUAACUAGGCUUUUUAGGGAAAGAUGAAAAUAAAAUUGUAUUAAGUUUGAAAA